GACUCUGCUUCUGGACAAAAUCAGUCAGACUCAGAUUUUAGGAAACGUGUCAUGUCACGGCGGCUUUGCAUGCGAUGAAGGCGAGGUGCAUGGCUGCCGGGGUGUUUUACCUGCAGAGGACAAACUGCGCAUGGAGGGGGAGCUGUGCAGUUUGCUGCAGUGCAACGAGACCGCAUAGGCGUAGUCCUGCCUGCAUUCAGGCUGCAGGACUGUGGUGUGAAGGUCUGAUCGGACAGAAACCCGUCGCCAUGGAGCUGCAUCUGCUGGUCACGGUUUGCCUCCUCUUUGGCAAAAUAAUGACUACUCAUCAAACUCACAUGAGCUCCGUGUACACAUAUCUGUUCACGCCGCGCGGGCCCCAGAUGUUUACGUGUUUGACGUACCUGGAGAGAAACGUCAGGGUCGACUGCGAGUUCCUGGCCAGCGACAUGGUUCCCGGGCCUUACUGCGAGUAUCGCCAGGACAGCCGGCUGGUGGGCUCCACCUACCCCAACGCCGUCAUCUAUGUGUCCACAGAGGACCGCAGGAGGAGCAACGUCAGCCUCGUGGCCCCCAAUCUGUGCCGCCUGACCUGGGCCCCGCUGGCAGACGAGAAGCCGUACACCUACACCUGCAGGGUUUACCAGGGCAACGGCUGGAAGGAGAACAGCAUGGCUGUUCAUCACAGGCAUCUCCUGAUAUGUUCUGCAAUCAGUGUCCUGUUCAAGUCGGCACCUUGGGUUUGGUCACUGGUGAUGUCACUUCCUGUAGCUGUGGGGCUUCUAAGUCCUUGAGCUUGCUCUUUCACGUGAUACAACAGCUCAGCGGACAUUUCAGGAUUGUUGCUGGUUGUUAGAGGCCUCAGUGUGGGAGGUUUUGAUUUUAUUUUUACGUAUUAUUUCUGACACAGCAGAGAAAAAACCCCUUAAAGGUAGCAUUUCUUUAACAAACUUCUCUGUCACCAUUCUACCUUAAACACCUGUGUUACAGAAAGAUGAAGCAGGGGAUGAAAAUAAGAGAAGAUUGAAUAACAAUGUAAAGAAAUUAAUCAUUUUCUCUCAAGAUGAUAAAUAUUAAUUACAUAUUAAUCAGUUUUAACUUUUAUGUCUGGUUAUUAAAUAAGUUCUAUCAGAUACAAAUAUUUUAUUAAUAAAAUAAAAGAUAAUUUAGUGGUUUUUGUAAUUUGUAAUUUAAAGAAAUGCAGAUGAUACUUAUUUUCUCCUAUGGCCAUGCUUACUGUAAAUGUCCAAUUAAAACACCUGAUGUAUAGUGUCAUUGUUUAUCUUCCUUAUGUGUAUAGAUCUGUAUAAAAAGGGAGUAGACUUAUAACUUCUUGUGAUACAAAGUCAUUAUAAACUGACAGUGAUUCUUUUGUUGCUUAAUAUUAAAUGCAAUAUCCAAGCCUCCUGUCUGUUCAGCUGGAUGUUCUGGUUCUGAAAUAUCUGCUCAAACACUGCCUUUUCUGUUCGCAUUAGGCCUCCGUAGGAGCUUCAGUAGUUUCUCUGCUCUGGACUCUGGCAUGAGGUUCUUCUGCUUACGAUGCAUCAAUCCACAUCCGGUGCCUUGCAAAAUUCACACCCUCACAUUUGUCCGUGUUUUGAAAUGUUGCAACCACAAACUUGAAUGCAUUUAGCUGAGAUUUUAGCGCUUUGCAGAAUCGUCUUUUGCUGCUGUUGCAGCUGAGUCUUUUGGGAGUAUGUGCGUACCAGUUUUUGGACAUCUACAGAUGUUAUUAUUUCUUAAAAAUAUAUCUCAAGUUCUGUUGAAUGGGAUGAAGAGCAUGUGGAAAGAGGAGUAUUGAAAUCUUAUUAAUUUAGGUCUGGACUUUGACUAGACUGUAGCAACACAUGCACAUGCUUUACUCUCAUUAUUGCUGGAAGUUGGCUGGACCUUUGUCUUUGUCUCAACUCUUUUUCAGCCUCUAAACUGUUUUCUUUCAGGAUUACAGUGAGUUUAGGCCAGUGUUUUUGUCCCUGCUGAAGAAAAUCAUCCCCACAGCAUGGCCAUGCCACCACCGUGUUUCACCGUGGGGAUGAUAAUGUCAAAAUGAUGUAGGUUGUUAGUUUUUUUCACAUGGAGCAUAUUGUUUGGAGAUCAAUAACAGUUCUGUUUUGCAAUAGAGAGAAGUUUGGUCUCACUGUAAAAGCACAACCAUACCUCCACAUGAGUUGUGGAUCUCUGCAGCCCCUCCAGAGUUACUGCUGGAUUCUUGGCUGUUUUUCUGCUUAACAGUCUCCUGGAAAAACAAAACAUGUCUUGAUUUAUAGUUUUGCCAUUUUGACAAAAAUGUUCAGAAGUUCAAAGCUUAGGAUGUUAUUUUAGGGACUAAACCUUGGAACUUUAUCUCUGACCUCUGACCUCUGACAGAUUUCUUUAGAGGCACCACAGUGAAGACAAAAAAUAUUGGAAAAAUGCUAAGAAAAUACCUAAAAGUUUGUGGUUGUUUCACAGCUAAAUGUGGCAAAGAUGAGGGUAGUGAAUUAUUUUGCAAGGUACUGCAAGUGUUGAUUCUUUUUCCCUCUUUAAUUAAUCCUUUAAUUAAUUGGAACAAAAAGUACUUAUUUAUCAGGUCAAGGGCACAAUUUCUGUAAUAAUUUUCCUUUUCCUUGUUUUUCUGUUUAUGUUGCUGUCUUACUCAGAGUUCUCACUUGUUAAUUGUUUAAGAACUGUAUUUGUGUUCCUUUUGCUAGCCACUUAGUUUUGUUAAGAUUGUUCCUGUAUUUUUCUUUUAAGCUCAUCAACUCGGAUUAUUUAUUUAACCGCUACUGGUGCAAUAUGUUGUACAACCAAACUGUUACUAAUAAAGGUUAACCACCAUCUCAGCGCACAAAUAUAGCAGUUACU